AUGGCCGACGAUGGACCCGGCACCUCAUCAUCGGCCUCCUCCAUCUCCGUAGCCUCGGCGCGUUCCGCUUCGCCGCCCUCGUCUUCCGCCUCUUCAUCAUCCAAACGACCAGGGCGCCAGCAGCAAUCUCUCUUUCGCUCGUCAUCGCCGAUACGCCAGCGAGAAGGGUCAUGGACGGCUUCAGACAGCAGUGCUGGCGGGGAGGACGGCGAUGAUAACGGCAGCGAAUAUCAGCGGAACCCACACGCCCGGAUGGCGAGGAGGCAGGAUAGCUGGUCUGCUUCCUCUUCUUCGGACGACCAGUCACAGAGAGCCGAAUCGUCUGCCGGCAGUAGUGACGAACAAGACGUGGCUAGCACACUGAAGCGCAAGAUGCUACCGAGUCGACGGCAGGCGGACUGUAGAAGCGUCGCAUCCGCAGCCUCUGACGCCGGUCAGAGCGUCCACACGACAUCGGCUACCCUCGCACUUGAACACCUCAUGCCCUUGAGCCUAAUCCACGCCAUCAACUCCUCGUCCUCCAGCUCAUCUACAACAGGAAUCGCCUUCGCCCGUCCCUACUUCGAAGGAGCGUUACGCGCCUCUCUCCAGACCAAGAGACAGCAGGAAGCCAAGAACCGCGCUCGUGUGAUGCGCAAAGUCGAGCGGAGGAGAUUUCAGGAGAAGAGAGGGAGGGAGAAGAAGCAAGCAGAGGCUGAGAAGGCAAAGCAGAAGAAGAGUGGAAGGGUGCAUGAUGCUGCCGCUGCGGCGGAUAGCGCAGGGGACGCCCUGGAGGGGCUGGAUGAGGAAGAAGACAGCAAAGAGACAAGGGAAUUGCUGGACGCAUUGGCUGCGCAGAUGCUGGCAAAGAGCACCAUUGAGGAGGAGGCAGAAGCGUGGCUCCAGCUCAUCGAGCGCGAGCAAGCAGCUUCAAGCAACCAAGGCGGUGCAAAGAAGAUGAAGCUCAGUACGAGCCAGAGGAGCAGAUAG